AAAUUAAUCAGCAUGUGUUGCUUGUUUUGCUGCUUUGUGACUUCCCUUGUGAGAAAGGAAACAUGACCUUAAUUUGCUUUUUCUUGAUUACAAUUUUUGACUUUCAGAGGAAUUUUGUGAUGUUUAGAGGAGCCUUUUUCAGUCAGUAUUUCAACUAGAAGGAUCUUAAACAAGAAAGCUUUGUGCUCUAAAGGAAGCAUUUAAGAUGUGCUGCAUAGUUAAUGCUCCUGUAGCUUGGUUGAUUCUUUUUAUCUAUUUACUUGACUUCAUCCAUAACCAUCCUCUGGUCUCGAUUCUUUCCAAUUAUAUUUUACUUAACAGACUAUAUAAUGUUGGUAAAAUCAUUGAUGGAAGUACUCGUGCAACUGUAAUUCAAAUUUGUAAUGAUGUAUUCUGCAAAAAUAACCGUUUGAGGACUCGAAUUGUUUUGAUCAAUGUGCAGAGUGAGGAUACUUUUAUAAUAUGGAACUUGGUACUGCUGACAGUGUUGAUCUUCCAUAUUACAGCACCACUAAGGUACAUCGCUUAAUGUGCUUGGAGCUCAAGAAACUCAUUGAUAGGAUUUUGUACAUAUUUUCAGCUCUUGAGUCUGCUAGGCCACGAUGCACAUCAGGAAUGCAGGCAUUAUGCUCAUUACAAUCGGCAAUGGAUAAAGCCAAGUUACUAAUCCAGCACUGUUCUGAAUCCAGCAAACUCUACUUGGCAAUUACAACAAAAGCCAUACUCUUGAGGUGUGAAAAAAUUCAGAAAACUUCGGAGAUUUGCAUGAAUCAAGUUCAAGAUUUGGUGCCACUGUUCUUGGCUGACAAGAUAUCUGGCAUUAUACAUGAGCUUAGGAGUGCAAGGUUUCCCCUAGAACCUUCUGAAUAUGAGGCUGGAGCGGUUAUACUUGCACUGCUUAAGCAGGACAUAGCUGCAUCAGGCUCCAAAAUGCAAUCAGAAAUUGAGGCUCUUCGACUUGCAGCUAUGAGGCUGGGUAUUACAUCUCCUUUUGCUCUUUUGAUAGAGAAAAGAUGUAUCAAGAAACUACUUCGAAAAGUCCAUGAUACAAACCCAACUAAGAACAAAAUUUUGAAUUAUCUCUUAUAUCUUCUGAAAAAACAUGAAAAGUUAAUUUGGGAAUUCCGAUGUAAAAGCAUCAUUCUUCUUGAGGAAGAGAACCUGUUUUCACCGAAGGAACUGGAGCACGGAGUGAAAAAAGAAGAAGAAGAGACUUCACCUAAUGACUUCUUCAUUCCUAAACCUCCUGAGCAAUUCAAAUGCCCUAUCUCAAUGAGACUGCUGUAUGAUCCUGUAAUUAUUGCUUCUGGAAAAACAUUUGAGCGAGUCUGGAUAGAGAAGUGGUUUAACGAGGGCAAUCAGAUAUGCCCUGUGACUAAUACAAGGUUGGAGCAGUUGUCCCCCGCUCCAAAUUUAGAAAUGAAAGGCCUCAUUUCAAAGUGGCUUUUGAGGCAUGGAAUUAACAUUCCUGAACAUGCACAAGCAAUCCCUUCACAGCUUUCCUUACAGCAACCUUCUUCCAGCUCCAUUGCUAGCUUUGGCAGUUCUGUGCUUGGCUUGCAACUUGAAAUAGGGAGUGUCUCUCUUGGUUCAAUGAGUACUGAAUCUAGUUUAGAUUCAUCAGAUGGGAAAUGUAAUGAUGAGAUUACAUCCGGGCUGCCUCAGGUUGCUGCAGAUUCUCAGAGUCAAAGAUAUCAUCACUCUUCAAUGACUUCAAGUAGUCAUGAUAUUGGUGCAGCCUUUCUUUCUGAACUUGAUAAACAUUCCUGGAAAUCUCGAUGCAAGGCUAUUGAAAAUGUUAAAGGUCUUCUAGAAGACAAUGAUAAGGCCCAGCAUUUGACUUUUUCAAAUAGUUAUGUUAUUCCUGUGAUUAAAUUUUUGAAGGAUGCAAAUGAAUUAUGUGAUAUAAAAAUGCAAAAAGAUGGAGCAGAGGUUCUUUUAGCGAUUUUGAGCAGUAGCAGAACCGAAUUACCUCCCUGUGAUGAAGAUGUUAUCUAUUUGUUGGCAUCAUUGUUGGAUUCUGAAACAGCUGGAGAGUCCCUUGCAAUACUGGAGGUCUUAUCCUGGCAACAGUACUAUAAGACCAGAAUUGUGGCAUCUGGCGUUUUGCCUUCCAUCCUAAAAGUUCUUGACAAUACAGUCACAGAAUUUUACAUGCUUGCUCUGAAGAUCAUAUGUAAUUUGUUGAAUGGCAGUGAUGUUGGUUAUCAUAUUGCAUAUUUGGGUUAUAUCCCCAAGUUGGUUUCUUUGCUUGAGGAUUCAAAUGUUGCAGGCUAUUGCAUUGAGAUUAUAAAAAAUAUAUGCAAUAUUGAGGAGGUUAGAAUUGAAGUUGCUGAAGCCAAUUUAUGUACUUCGAUAUCCACACUCUUGGAAGCCGGCAAUAAGAAGGAACAAGAGCUUGCUGUUGAUGUGCUCCUGUCUUUAUGCUAUGACAGUACAGGAUAUUGUCAAAUGAUAAUGACAGAAAACAUAAUUCAAUCUUUGUUCAGCAUAUCUGUCAAUGGCAGUUCUAGAGGAUCCGAGAAUGCAUUAAUACUGCUUGACCUCUUGGAAUUCAUGAUGAAAAGUGAUGCUUCUCAAUGUUCAGUCCCUAGCAGCUUUUCGACCCAAGGAAACUCGCAUGUCUCCAGCAAUGAAUUUAUCAGAGUGCAAAAUUCAUCUUCCAAGGCAUUUGGAUGUCUGAGAAAGACAUUAUCAAGGCUUUUACAUGUCAAAUGUUGACUUUCCUUUUGAUUUUUGGUGCUUGAAUGGCUUUCUUCGUUGAGAACCCAGGAAUAGGAUGCUAGUCCAACCCAUUAAUCCAUAUUUGUUUAUAUUAAUCAGGGGGAUUAGCCAUGAAUUUUGCCAUGUUCUAAUACGUACUCUCAUAUUACUACAUCUAUAAUUGUUUUGGUUGUACUUAGUUUAACCUAAUUUUGUAUACUUUUUUCAUGAGAUGAUUUUUAUGUUUUUUUUAGAGUUAAUUUUUUGUGUAAUUUUUU